CAUGGGAAUCUUCACUGUUGACUGACUGACAUGACGCGCGUAAAUCUACAUGUGUGCUGCGCUGUGUGUUGUGUCGUCCUUUGUUUGUUUUCCGGCACGGUUGUUUUAAAUCGCUUUUUAAGUGUAAACCUACAUACUCCUCAUUAUUAUUAUUGAUGAGACUUUUAUUCAGUGCUAAUAUACUGCUCCAGGAUCGUCUGGGACGAACAACAAUUGGGUCUAAGCACCCGGAACAGAACAACCUCAAGGAACAGGACACAGACACCGUGCGCAGGCAAGUGUGAAAAACGAGGCUUCAUCUUCAGAAAACAGGUACACCUCUCUGGCAUGUCUUCUGUCUUGACUGGCAACCCUUGAAGACAGGGCUGGCUCUCUGACAAACACCAACAGUUUACUCCCCAUGAAGGAAGAGGCAAGACAUACUCGUGUCUUGGAGUCAUCAUGUAUCAACCCCUCGAAUUCUCAACUCCAAGAAAUGCAGCUCUCCCCAGAGUUGAGUGGUCAGCUCGUGAGAGUGAAAUCGGAACCACCUGAUGUUGCAUGCCUACCAGAAGAUGGCCAGACACAGCAACAGCACUGCAACGAGCCUUUACCAGGACGUGAUGCUGAUGGAGUGACGUCUGGGACGUGUCGCAUUAAAGAAGAACCUCGAGAGGACUCUUCGAAUGAACGUCCCAUCAUAGAAGUCAAGACGGAGCCUUACAACAUUGCAGUCUUGACAGAAGAGGACCAGAUGGGACACAGCUGUCACUCGGCAUCAGAAGACGCAAGAGACUGCACUGAUACGCUCCAUAUUCAGGACAAGCCUAGAGGCACUUGUGAUCAAGGAUACUCUGGUUGCGCUUCUUCAAGUGCACAGUUCAAGAUCAGCACAGCAACAGUUGUACUGCAGCUCGACAGCACUGCACUAGUCACUAUGAACGAUCGACACGCUGAGCAACAUAGAGACCAGAGCAAGCCAUGUGCACUUGCACGCAUGUCGAAAGUCAGCCUCGAAUGCCACAUGUUUGAACACUGUCACAACGAGUCUGAAAAGCGUCUCACUACUACUCCAUCAGAUGUUCAGGUGGGAGGAAUGGGUUCUGGGUGCAGCAUCUGUCCCUCUGCAUUCUCGUGGUCUGCAGGUGACAAGAACCACAUAGCUCCAGAGUUCAGUAUGAGCGGGAACCUACAGCAGCACAAGUGGACAGAUUCAUCCAAGAAGCCGUACAAGUGCGAUGUCUGCCCUGCGGAGUUCAUCCGGAUUGCUCACCUGCAGCAGCACAAGCGGACACACACAGGCGAUAAGCCAUACAAGUGCAAUGUCUGCCCUGCUGAGUUCAGCCAGAGCGGGCACCUACAGCGUCACAUGUGCACACACACGGGUGAAAAGCCAUACAAGUGCGAUGUCUGCCCUGCAGAGUUCAGCCAGAGCGGGCACCUACAGCGUCACAAGCGAACACACACAGGUGAGAAGCCAUACAAGUGCAAUGUCUGCCACGCAGAGUUCAGCCGCAGCGGGAACCUACAGCAGCACAAGCGGACACACACAGGCGAGAAGCCAUACAAGUGUGGUGUCUGCCACGCAGAGUUCAGCCUGAUUGGGCACCUACAGCAGCACAAGCGGACACACACGGGUGAGAAGCCAUACAAGUGCGAUGUUUGCCCUGCAAAGUUCAGUCAGAGCGGGCACCUACAGCAUCACAGGCGGACACACACGGGUGAGAAGCCAUACAAGUGCGAUGUCUGCCACGCAGAGUUCAGCCGCAGCGGGAACCUACAGCAGCACAAGCGGACACACACGGGCGAGAAGCCAUACAAGUGCGAUGUCUGCCAUGCAGAGUUCGGCCUGAUCGGGCACCUACAGCAGCACAAGCGGAGACACACGGGUGAGAAGCCAUACAAGUGCAAUGUCUGCCAUGCAGAGUUCAGCCUGAUCGGGCACCUACAGCAGCACAAGCGGAGACACACGGGUGAGAAGCCAUACAAGUGUGAUAUCUGCCCUGCUGAGUUCAGCCAGAGCGGGAACCUACAGCGUCACAAGUGGACACACAUGGGUGAAAAGCCAUACAAGUGCGAUGUCUGCCCUGCAGAGUUCAGCCAGAGCGGGCACCUACAGCGUCACAAGCGGACACACACAGGUGAGAAGCCAUACAAGUGCGAUGUCUGCCACGCAGAGUUCAGCCGCAGCAGGAACCUACAGCAGCACAAGUGGACACACACAGGCGAGAAGCCAUACAAGUGUGGUGUCUGCCCUGCGAAGUUCAGCAGAGGCUGGAACCUACAGCAGCACAUGCGGACACACACGGGCGAGAAGUCAUCCAAGUGCGGUCUCUGUCCUGCAGGCUUCAGACAGAGUGCAACUUUGUCACGUCACAAGUGAACACACACGGGUGAGCAGACAUAAAAUUGCAACUUCUGUCCUGCAGUGUUCAUCCACAACACAAACUUGUGGUGUGAAACAUGUGCAGUCUCUGUCCUGCAGAAUAUCACAAGCAGACACCCUAAGGCAAGAAGCCAAAAAAGAGAAUUCUCUGUUCUGCAGAUCUGAGGCAGAGCACAAACCUGCAGUGCAACAAGAAGACCUACAUGGGUGCGAAGCCAUACAAAUGCAACCUCUGUGCUGCAGAGUUCAUGUAGAGCAGGAACACACAAAGUUAGAGAAGAAGCUGGUAGAGCUGGUUCAGCCAGAGCAGGAAACCUGUGGCUUAACAGGUAGUCAGGACACACUUGUGAUGGCAACCAUGCAAGUGUACAGAGGCCGCGUACACGUUAAAAUGCACCAGCCCUGGGCUGUCUCGUGUCCUGAACCCAGACACCUGAACACCUGAAGAAGCACAUAUGCUACUGCACAGAUAGGGGAAGGCUGUACGUAUGCAAUCUGUCUCCCGCCGUAUUUUACUUGUGUUUGACAUUUUGAAACUCGCACGCGUGAACAGACUGAGAGUCAAAAGCGAUGUGUUGGGUGGUGACACAUGUGAAACGUAGAAAAAAAGAACAGUACAGAGAAACAAACAAACAAUGAAGGGACACCCAUACAGUGUCCCUCAACUGCUAACCAAGGUUUACUUCCAUGAACAACAUGCAUUGCAUUGUUUCCCUUUUGCCUUUGUGUUCCUUUAUUCCUCUUUAUUAUUAUGAUGAAUGCUUCUUUCAUGCCCUUCAUCUCCUUAAACGAUAACAUAAACAAAUAAAUCAACCCAAAGAAAUGAAGAAUACUUCUACAAGAAGUGACAACUUGUAUAUAAGAAGAAUCCCGACAAUUACCUUUAGCGUUACGAGCAUCUGUUGUGGAAUGCGUUCCAAUUUGUAACAAUUUGUGAAUGACAUCUCAGGAGAAAUCACGAAGAGACAAUUGUGUAUGGUAUGAGAGAUUAAAAAUUGUGACCUCGGUC